GUUGUCUCUGAGAUGGUGGGUUCCCACUUGGUUCUUGCCGAUUCCGUUCGUUAAUUUUUAAAUUUUAAAAGAAGCCUUCUCUGGUUUUAUUAAUCGUUUCUUAUAAAAGAACGGAGUGGAUGUUAAUUCAAGCGGACACUGACGUCUCCAACUCGGAAAUGUUUUUUUAGCUGAACCCUUCCUUUUAUGUUCUUGUUGAGACUGAGAUUUGAAACGGCGAGUUACGUGAAGACAAUUGAAGUGGCGUCAAAAUGAAAGGUAAAUCUGGCACACCCAAGAAGGUAAAGACCACCGUUACUGAGUUACAUCAGGGGGGAAUGGGGCCGGUCCAGAGGCGAAGACGUGCACCUGAUGUGUCGAUGACUCCGGACACAUUUGACCGCUCACAGACAAAGAUGAAGAAAAAGGCAGCAUGGCAACGGCGGUCGUUCGAUGCAAACGCCACACAGAUUAUUGCCGAUGAGACACAGUGGUCACAAGAUGAAAGCAUGUUUGACAACGAAGAAACUCCCCUGACCCUGAGCCAGAUCAGUGAAAUUAAUCCUCUUGAGAACGACAGCCCGACCACUUUUACCAAACGGAAGCGCAAAAGAUCAACUGGCUCCAACAACACGCUUGAGAUGGCGGUUCAAUGUGCCAGGGGGGAGCCGGACGGGGCGGAUGCUGCUGACAGGUCGUUCACACGUAAGCAGGUUGCCCAGAUGUCUCUGCGUGACAUCGAUUCCGAAGGCGCGGCGGCUGGUGCUGGUGGGGGGAACGACGCUGGCGACGUUGAGAUGGACAGCGAAAGAGACGGGACUCCUUCCCCGGCCAAGCGUGCCAAGUCUGCCGCUAAGGAAAACAAAGGGGAAAAGAAAGAAAAGAAAACGAAACUGAAGAUUCCGUUCAAGCAAGCCUCAAAGAAGCUGAAGUCUCUGAAGACGCCAGCAGAGACGGACAAAGCCAAGAAGCUGGUCAACAAGAAGUUUGAUGCUCUUCCCGACGAGACGACCGUACCCGAGACGCCGACCAAGACGUGGAAAGAGAAGAAGAAACAGCGGAAGAUGAUGAAAAACAACUUUGAUGUCAUUACAGAGGCGAAGAAAGUUUGGGAAGAUUUACGCAGGGCAGAUUUGCCAGAAGUGAAACGGAAAAAGAUUUGUGAUGAUUUGAUGCGUAUGGUGACGGGAAAAGUGAAACAGUUGUGCAAAGCCCACGACUCGGCCCGCAUCGUUCAGUGCUUGGUUCAGUACGGCACAGAGCAGCAGAGAGCGACCAUCUACGAAGAAAUCAGAGAUGAAAUCUGUGAUAUGUGCCGACUGAAGUAUGCCAAAUAUGUUGUGCGGAAGUUGAUUCAUUAUGGCUCCAAAACUCUGCGUGGCGAAGUGAUGAACUCCUUCCAGGGACAAGUGAGAAAGAUGAUCCGACACAAGGAAGCGUCCGACAUUCUGGAGUACGCCUUCAACGAGUACGCCACAGCUCCGCAGAGACUGGCCAUACUUGAAGAGUUUUACGGCCCAACGUUUUCUUUGUUUAAAGACCAAGUCCACCAGUCCCUGGAGCAGAUCAUGCAGGACCAGCCGGAGAAAAAGAACAUGGUGAUCCGCAGCAUGAAGGAAGCCUUGGCGCCGCUCGUGGACAAGGAAAUCUUGAUUCAUUCCCUGGUGCACAAGGUCUUCUUUGACUUCUUUUUGUACGCCGACGACAAGUCGAAAAAGGAAAUGAUUGAGGGUCUGAGGGAAAGUCUUCCCCACCUCCUCCACACGCGCGACGGGACGCGGGUCGCCAUGCACUGCGUCUGGUCGGGGUCGGUCAAGGAUCGGAAGUCGAUCGUGAAGAGCCUGAAGGGCCACGUGGUGAAGAUUUGCCAGGAGGAACACGGACAUCUCCUGCUGCUGGCCAUCUUCGACUGCGUGGACGACACCGUGCUGGUGCAGAAAGUUAUUCUCGACGAGCUGGUCAAGUCGCUGGGUGACGUCGCACAGAACCAGCACGGGCGGAAGGUUCUGGUGUACCUGCUGAACCCGCGGGACCGCGUCCACUGCCACCCGGAUGUGGUGAAGGUACUGCAGCAGGGAGAUGACAACCCCACCAGUAAGAAAGACCGCGUGACGAGGGGUAAAGAACUCCGUGGCCACGUGUCUCAGCACCUGCUCAAGUACCUGGCCGAGAACGUCGGAGAUAUGAUGAAAAACAGCAACAUGGCGCUCCUGGUGAAGGAUAUCAUCAACUACGCUUCAGGUGACGUCGUCCCAGCCAUGCGAUCCAUCGCAGACUUUGUGGCCCAGCCAGCAAGCGGCGCAGACGGAGCCAUAGCGAUGGUGGAGCACACCGCCUGCCACAUGGCCUUGAAGAAAAUCAUCGCCAACGACAGGAUCCGGAUGGAAGCCGGCGAAGGCAUUCUGUUCUCUGCCGUGCUGCUAGAGAGCCUGCCCAAGUCCACCAUCAAAAGCUGGGCCGCAAGUAACAGGGGCUGCUUUGUCCUCGUCAGUCUCCUGGAGGUGGGCUGCUCGACGAUCACGGAGCGCGUUCAGGAAAACCUUCAGCCCGUGCGGAAGUCGUUGAGCAAGAUGUCCUUCAAGGGCGCCGAACUGUUGCUGUCCAAGCUGGAGGGGGGCGGGGAGACGAAGAGCCGGGAGUACAGAGGCAGAGAGUACAC